AUGGCAGAAAACAAUUUGCCAUCUCAUGAGUCGGGCCCGCAGGGCCUGAUGAGGCGGCCGUCACGCAGUGCUGCCAUGACCAAUUUCUCCACCGAGGUCUUCGACCACGAGGUCGUCCCAGCCUCCUUAGGCUCCAUCGCUCCUAUCCUCCGCGUGGCGACUGAGAUCGAAAACGAGCGUCCUCGUGUUGCCUAUCUUUGUCGCUUUUAUGCGUUCGAGAAAGCACAUAGGCUGGAUCAGAGUUCCAGUGGGCGAGGUGUCAGACAGUUCAAAACACUUCUCCUCCAGAGAUUAGAGAGGUCUGUACAGGACAAUGCAUCAAGUCUUGCUUCACGGGUCAAAAAGACUGAUGCACGGGAAAUUGGGAGUUAUUAUCAGCAAUACUAUGAACAUUAUGUUAGAGCACUCGAUCAGGGGGAGCAGGCAGACAGAGCUCAGCUUGGGAAAGCCUAUCAGACAGCUGGAGUGCUUUUUGAAGUGCUCUGUGCUGUUAACAAGACAGAGAAAGUUGAAGAAGUUGCUCCCGAGAUUAUUGCUGCUGCCAGAGAUGUCCAAGAAAAGACUGAAAUCUAUGCGCCGUAUAACAUUCUUCCCCUGGAUAUGGCUGGAGGUUCACAAUCUAUUAUGCAGCUUGAGGAGAUUAAGGCUUCUGUGGCUGCACUUUGCAACACUCGUGGCUUGAGCUGGCCUGCUGGAUUUGAGCAGCAUAGACAGAAAACUGGAAACUUGGAUCUGCUAGAUUGGCUAAGGGCCAUGUUUGGAUUCCAGAGAGACAAUGUCAGGAACCAAAGGGAGAAUUUGAUUUUGAUACUUGCCAAUAAUCAUAUAAGACUAAGCCCCAAGCCUGAGCCUCUUAACAAGCUUGAUGAACGAGCAAUUGACGCAGUUAUGAACAAACUUUUUAAGAAUUACAAAACCUGGUGCAAAUUUUUAGGAAGAAAACACAGUUUACGGCUACCUCAAGGCCCUCAAGAGAUACAGCAGAGGAAAAUCUUAUACAUGGGUUUAUAUCUUCUCAUCUGGGGUGAAGCAGCUAAUAUUCGAUUUAUGCCCGAGUGCCUAUGCUACAUUUUUCAUAAUAUGGCAUAUGAACUUCAUGGACUGUUAGCUGGGAAUGUUAGUAUUGUUACUGGAGAAAACAUUAAACCUUCUUAUGGUGGAGAUGAUGAGGCAUUCCUGCGGAGGGUUAUAACGCCCCUGUACCGUGUAGUAGAAAAGGAAGCAAAGAAGAGUAAAAAUGGAAGGGCUUCACACACAGCUUGGUGCAAUUAUGAUGACCUGAAUGAGUAUUUCUGGUCAUCUGAUUGCUUCUCUCUUGGUUGGCCUAUGCGUGAUGAUGGUGACUUUUUUAAAUCAACAUAUGACAUGUCACAGCAAGGGAAGGCUCCUCGGAAAAAAGUAGGAAGCACAGGCAAAUCAAACUUCAUUGAAACUAGAUCAUAUUGGCACAUAUUCCGAAGUUUUGAUCGCCUGUGGACGUUUUACAUAUUAGCUUUCCAGGCAAUGGUCAUCCUAGCAUUUAAUAGAGUUGGACUGAAGGAGAUUUUGCAAAAGGAUACGUUAUUUUCACUGUCAAGUAUUUUUAUUACGGCGGCUUUUCUUCGUUUUCUUCAAAGUAUUUUGGACCUUGUUCUGAACUUCCCCGGAUACCACAGGUGGAAGUUCACUGAUGUGUUGAGAAACAUUCUCAAAGUAAUUGUUAGCCUAGCAUGGACAAUCAUUCUUCCACUCUGCUAUGCACAGUCCCUAUCUCUUGGCCCAGGAAAGUUAAGAGAUGUGGUGAGGCUUCUUCCUAAAAUAAAGGGUGUUCCUCCUCUAUAUAUCAUGGCUGUGGCAAUAUAUCUGCUCCCAAAUGUGCUGGCAGCAGUCAUGUUCAUUUUCCCAAUGCUCCGACGUUGGAUUGAAAACUCCGACUGGCAUAUAGUUAGGUUCCUUUUGUGGUGGUCACAGCCGAGAAUUUAUGUGGGAAGAGGAAUGCACGAAAGUCAGUUUUCACUUAUUAAGUACACUCUUUUCUGGGUGCUACUUUUGUGUUCCAAAUUUGCAUUCAACUAUUUUGUCCAGAUAAAACCAUUGGUGAAGCCAACAAAUGAUAUUAUGAACAUCCGCCACGUCAAAUACACAUGGCAUGAAUUCUUUCCAUCUGCUAAGAACAACUAUGGAGCAGUAGUCUCACUUUGGGCACCAAUUGUUGUGGUUUAUUUAAUGGAUACCCAAAUUUGGUAUUCUGUUUUCUCAACAUUGUCUGGUGGUAUUACUGGGGCCUUCGAUCGUCUUGGAGAGAUACGAACUCUGGGAAUGCUGAGGUCAAGAUUCCAGUCCUUACCCGGUGCAUUUAACACGUAUUUGGUUCCUUCUGAUAAGUCAAGAAAAAGAGGAUUCUCUUUUUCAAAACGAUUUGCAGAGGUUACAGCAAGCAGGAGAAGUGAAGCUGCUAAAUUUGCUCAGUUAUGGAAUGAAAUAAUUUGUAGUUUCCGUGAAGAAGAUCUUAUCAGUGACAGGGAGAUGGAUCUGUUGCUGGUUCCUUACACAUCUGAUCCAAGUCUGAAGUUAAUUCAGUGGCCACCCUUUUUGCUUGCAAGCAAGAUUCCUAUUGCAUUGGAUAUGGCAGCUCAAUUUCGAUCCAAGGAUGCUGAUCUCUGGCGACGAAUAUGUGCUGAUGACUACAUGAAAUGUGCUGUGAUUGAGUGCUAUGAAUCUUUCAAACUUGUCUUGCAUACUUUGGUUGUUGGAGAAAAUGAGAAAAGGAUAAUUGGCAUUAUCAUCAAAGAAGUUGAGAGCAAUAUAUCAAAGAAUACAUUUCUCACAAAUUUCAGAAUGAGCUAUCUACCCACUCUUUGCAGCAAAUUUGUGGAGCUUGUGGAAAUUUUGAAAGAUGGUGAUCCAUCCAAGAGAGAUACCGUGGUGUUAUUGCUGCAAGAUAUGUUAGAAGUAGUUACCCGUGAUAUGAUGGUGAACGAGAUCCGUGAAUUGGUAGAACUUGGGCAUACUAACAAGGAAUCUGGAAGGCAGAUUUUUGCUGGCACUGACUCAAAACCUGCUAUAUUGUUCCCUCCUGUGGUUACAGCACAUUGGGAUGAACAGAUAAGGCGGCUUCAUCUCCUCUUGACAGUGAAAGAAUCUGCUGUUGAUGUGCCAACAAACCUUGAAGCACGUAGAAGAAUUGCUUUUUUCACAAAUUCGUUGUUCAUGGAGAUGCCACGGGCACCUCGUGUUCGUAAAAUGCUUUCAUUCAGUGUCAUGACUCCAUACUACAGUGAGGAGACUGUCUACUCAAAAACUGAUCUUGAGAUCGAAAAUGAGGAUGGUGUAUCAAUCAUAUUCUACUUGCAAAAGAUCUUCCCAGAUGAGUGGAACAACUUCAUGGAGAGACUUAAUUGUAAAAGAGAAAGUGAGGUUUGGGAAAAUGAAGAGAACAUUUUGCAGCUUCGUCAUUGGGCCUCCCUAAGAGGACAAACUCUCUUCAGAACAGUUAGAGGGAUGAUGUAUUAUAGACGGGCUCUGAAGCUUCAGGCUUUUCUUGACAUGGCUUCCGAAGAUGAGAUACUACAAGGCUACAAAGCCAUGGCAAUUCCAACGGAGGAAGACAAGAAACGUCAUAGAUCCUUGUAUUCCCAGCUAGAAGCAGUAGCAGACUUAAAAUUUACAUAUGUUGCAACCUGUCAAAUAUAUGGAAAUCAGAAGCGUAGUGGAGAUCGACGUGCUACAGACAUCCUGAAUUUGAUGGUUAAUAACCCUUCUCUCCGGGUGGCUUACAUUGAUGAAGUUGAAGAACGAGAAGGAGGAAAAGUACAGAAAGUGUAUUAUUCUGUGUUGCUCAAAGCUGUUGAUAAUCUUGACCAGGAAAUCUAUCGUAUCAAAUUACCUGGCCCCGUAAAAUUAGGAGAGGGGAAGCCUGAAAAUCAGAACCAUGCAAUAGUUUUUACACGAGGAGAAGCUCUUCAAGCUAUUGACAUGAAUCAGGACAAUUAUUUGGAAGAAGCACUCAAAAUGCGCAACCUACUUGAAGAAUUUAAUGAAGAUCAUGGAGUGCGUCCACCAACAAUUUUGGGUUGUCGUGAGCAUAUAUUUACUGGAAGUGUUUCUUCUUUGGCUUGGUUCAUGUCAAAUCAAGAAACCAGCUUUGUCACGAUUGGUCAGAGAGUUCUUGCGAGACCUUUGAAGAUUCGGUUCCACUAUGGUCAUCCCGACGUGUUUGAUAGAAUUUUCCAUAUAACACGUGGAGGCAUCAGCAAGGCAUCAUCUGGAAUCAAUUUGAGCGAGGAUAUCUUUGCUGGUUUCAACUCCACAUUAAGACGAGGAAAUAUUACUCAUCAUGAGUACAUUCAAGUUGGGAAAGGUCGGGAUGUGGGCCUCAAUCAAGUCUCCCUUUUCGAAGCAAAAGUCGCAUGUGGUAAUGGGGAGCAGACCUUGAGCAGGGAUAUAUAUCGACUAGGCCACCGUUUUGACUUUUUCCGCAUGCUAUCCUGUUAUUUUACAACUGUUGGAUUUUAUUUCAGCUCAAUGCUGGUUGUCAUCACUGUAUAUGUUUUCUUGUAUGGAAGACUUUAUAUGUCAUUGAGUGGAUUGGAGGAGUCAAUCGUUCGGUUUGCCAGAGCUAAGGGAAAUGAUCCUCUAAAGGCAGCCAUGGCUUCGCAGACUGUUGUUCAAUUAGGUCUGUUGAUGAUCUUGCCAAUGGUCAUGGAGAUUGGAUUAGAGAGAGGAUUCAGAACUGCCUUGGGUGAUUUUGUAAUCAUGCAGCUGCAGUUAGCACCCCUUUUUUUCACUUUCUCUCUUGGAACAAAGGUCCAUUAUUUUGGACGAACUAUCCUGCAUGGUGGGGCAAAGUACAGAGCAACUGGACGUGGCUUUGUGGUCCGGCAUGAGAAAUUUGCAGAAAACUAUAGGAUGUAUUCAAGGAGUCACGUGGGCGAGGCAAUGGAGCUUAUGAUAUUGCUUGUAUGUUACAAGAUAUAUGGUAAAGCAGAUGGCACUAUGGCUUACACCUUGGUUACAGUCUCAAUGUGGUUUUUGGUCGGUUCUUGGUUGUUCGCUCCUUUCCUUUUCAACCCUUCAGGAUUUGAAUGGCAAAAGAUAGUAGAAGAUUGGGAUGACUGGGCAAAGUGGAUAAGCAGCGGAGGUGGUAUUGGCGUACCGGCAAACAAGAGCUGGGAAUCCUGGUGGGAGGAAGAACAGGAACACCUGCAGUACACUGGGAUUUCAGGGAAGAUCAUUGAACUAGUUCUAUCUCUGCGCUUUUUCCUUUAUCAAUAUGGAAUUGUCUACCAGUUAAAUUUGACAAAAGAAAGCAGACUUGGUCAAAAGCAGAGUAUCAUUGUUUAUGGUCUAUCCUGGCUGGUUAUUGUUGCAGUAAUGAUCAUCUUAAAGAUCGUGUCCAUGGGUAGAAAGAAGUUCAGUGCAGAUUUCCAGCUAAUGUUCAGACUUCUCAAGGUGUUCCUUUUUAUCGGAUCAAUGGUUGUCCUAGGUAUGCUGUUUCAUUUCCUCAAACUCACGGUGGGGGACAUCUUCCAGAGCCUACUUGCCUUUCUGCCUACAGGAUGGGCACUUCUACAGAUAUCACAAGCCUUCAAGGAACCGGUGAGGGCUCUUGGAAUGUGGGGCUCUGUCAAAGCAUUAGCUAGAGGAUACGAGUACAUUAUGGGCGUAGUCAUCUUCAUGCCAGUGGCUGUACUGGCCUGGUUCCCAUUUGUUUCGGAGUUCCAGACCAGAUUGCUCUUCAACCAAGCUUUCAGUAGAGGGCUUCAGAUUCAACGUAUUUUGGCUGGUGGCAAGAAGCAGAAAUAAUUUUUAAAAAAGAGGAAAAAGUUCAUUAGUUUCAUGAUCAUUAAUAGAAAAUCAAAAAAUUAUUCUUAAACAUAUGCUGUCUGGAGAGAUCAGCAGACAUAGACGAUGGAAGAACACAUCCUGUGUAACUUUUUACUCUCCUUCACAAGUGAGGAACGGUAUCGCUAACUGUACUUUUAAGAAACUCUCACUAAUUGUUACAUGAAGAUGCAAUAAAAGAUUUCAUAGAAGAUGAAUCUCUCUCCCUAAAUUUUGUAAACAUGG